AUGCUCUUACCGCUUGGUGGGCUGCCACAGGGUCACGACUUCGAUUCUUGGCUUGUGAAGGAGACCAAACGUUAUCUCGACGGACACGAUAGCUUGUUUAAAAUCUGGUUGCGUAAAAGUCUGACUCCCGAGUAUGUGGAAGCUGCUUUCAAGGAAGCGGGCAAAGCCGAUCACGACAGCGCAAAGUUCCUGGUGGGUGUCUACAAAAAAAUGUUUGAUGUUUAUAGAGAGCAGGGCUGGGUAUUGAUGGCGGACGAAGUGGCGGCGCAGGCUAAAUUGUUGAAACUCAGUGGGAUGGGAAGCCAUGAAAACUUCGGCAGAUGGCUGAAACAUGUUGUGAACGAAGAAGACAUCAACUUACGUGGUGGAUUGUUUGACAAGUGGCUCGACAAAGCAAAGCACCCUGACCGGAUCGCUGGUAUGUUCAAGGAAGCUGGCAAAGCUCAUGACACUGGCGUGCAGGACUUGAUAAAACGCUACAGAACAACUUUCGACCAGCAUGAACAGGCCGACAGGAUAGUGAUAUUGAAACAACAAGAGGUGCAGGAUGAACUGGUGAAACUCAGCGGAAAGACUGGUCACCACAAGUUCGAUGCAUGGCUGACAAAGGUUGUGAGCGAAGGCCUUGUUCGGCAAGAGCACUGGUUCGAAAAGUGGCUCAUAGAUGGAAAAAGUUCCAAGUGGUUUGCGCGCAAGUUCGAGGAAGCUGGCAAAGCUGAUCACCCCAAUGCAAAAAAGUUUUUGAGGUUAUUCGAAGAAUUCGAAGAAAAACGUAGGCGUCAGUUCUACAGCACUGACUUCGAAGCAAACUGA